AUGGAGACCGAAGGCUAUCGUGACCUCCUGGAGACCAGCGAUGGUCAGGGGGUAGGCCUGCUGGAUGGAGGGGGUGAGGUGGGUGUGGAGGAGGGAUGGAGCACGCCCUACCCUCUGGGCUUCCAGGUAUCUUUGACCACUGUGCUGAUACUGGAGCUGGUGUUGGGCUUCAGCAGCAACCUGACCGUACUUGUGCUCUACUGUGCUCAGUCCAACCUGGUGGAUUCAGUCAGCAACCUAGUCACGGUCAACCUCCAUGUGCUGGACAUACUGGUCUGUGUGCUAUGUCUGCCACUGACUGUGGCUGUGAUCCUGGUACCAGCUAAUGGAAGUGAAGUUGGCAGCCUGGCCACGCUGUGCUGCUUUCAUGAGGCCUGUGUCACGUUCACCAGUGUGGCCACGGCGGUCAAUGUACUGGUGAUCAGUUUGGACCGAUACGACAUCUCAGUGCGUCCAGCCAGUCGUCUACUGACCCCCAGGCGUGCUGCGCUGCUCCUGGCAGCAGUGUGGGCUGUGUCUCUGGCUGUCUUCUUCCUACCCUUCCUUGAGGGGGACUUCUUCUCUUCGAGGUCUGAGGAUGGUGAGGAUAAGGAGCCGGAAAGGCAGAACAAUGAGUCUGAGUUCACCACUGGACUGACCCCCAUUUCUUCCUCCCUUUCUCCCUCCUUAAUGCCCACCACUCACCCCUCCUCCCCUUCACACCACUUGCCUCCGGCAUGGCAGAACAGGACACUGCUGUGUGUUGGAGGGCAGGGGUAUUACACAGGCCUGGCUAUGUAUUACCACUUGUUACUCCAAGUGCCCUGUUUCUUCAUCGCUGUGGUCGUCAUGUUGUUCACCUACUCCAGGAUCCUACAGGCCCUCAACAUCCGCAUUGGCUCCCACAUGAUGAGGGGUACACGUGCAAAGGACACCACCUGCAGGAUACGCUGCAGGAGGCAGAGGAGGAAGGACCUGAGCCUGCCCACAGAGGUAGUGUCCUCCAACCAGAACCAGAACCUCUCCCAUCCUCCCCUCAUCCCCUCUCCCACCCCUACACCAACAUCACCCCCACCGCUCUCCUCCAUGCCCCAAGGGAUGUCUGACAGUGGAGCAACAGUCACCACUGUCAGUACUGCUGCCACCACCCCAAUCGCGACAACACCAGCCACCCCUGCUUCUCCAACCCCAGCCUCAGCCUCAGCUUCAGCUUCAACGCAGACCCACGCCACCUCACCUCUGCCUGCCUCCUCCAUGGGUGUCCAGGCCUCGGUUUCUGCCAUCAUCGCCUUGAGGCGUGCAGUGCGCAGACACAGGGACCGCAGAGAACGUCAACGUCGCGUCCUAAAAAUGUCCCUAAUCAUCAUAUCCACCUUCCUGGGAUGCUGGGCCCCUUUGUCUGCAGUCAAUGUUCUGAUCCUGUGUCUGGGUCCCAGUGAUGGCCUGGUGCGGCUCCGCCUCUGCUUCUUAGCGAUGGCUUAUGGAACCACUAUCUUUCAUCCUCUGCUCUAUGCUUUCACCAGGCAGAAGCUGCGCCGUGCCCUCAAAACACGUGUCAAGAAAAGGGUAGUGUCCCUUCUGCAGGUGGACCCAGGUCUCAGCGGGGGGACAGUUAUUCAUAACUCCUGGGUGGAGGGGGGAGGCCAGAGGAAGAGUCGCAAGCCACGGGUGGAGGCCAGCGAUGGCACUGAUCGAUGCCUCACAGAGGCAGUGAGGGAAUGA